AUUUUUCUCUGCUCAUAUUUAGUUUCUCCUGUAGCAAAGCGGCGCGCGGAUACGUUGCUCCGAGCAAGUGUUGACUAUCUGUGCGUCUUCCUACCGACGAUUUUGCGGACAUCCUACAAGGAUUCUACGCAGAUAGCUGUACGCUUCACGCUAAACGAGGAUCAAGAGAGUAUGGACGCAGAGCCGUCGAUAGCGACUUAUUUGGGCUUGGACCUGAGUACACAGCAGUUGAAAGCGGUGGUGGUUGACGAUGAUCUCGCCGUACUUCACGAGACCAGCGUACAAUUCGACAACGAUCUACCGGAGUUUAGAACUUAUGGAGGGUUCUUACGAAACGUAGAAGAUCCUCAUGUUGUAUUGGUGCCUCCCUUGAUGUGGGUGAAAGCUUUAGAUAUAAUACUCGACAAAUUGCGCGUAUGCGACGUCGAUUUUAGCAAAGUAAAGGCCAUUUCGGGGUGCGCACAGCAACACGGCACAGUUUAUUGGAGCAAAGGCAGUCGGGGUCGAUUACAGCGUUUGGACCCCAUAAAAUUCUUACACGAACAAUUCGCCACGUCAUUUUCCGUGACCUAUUCACCCGUGUGGUUGGACUCCAGUACAUCCAAGGAAUGUAGCGUUUUGGAAGAGAUCGUGGGCGGUCCUCACAAAUUAGCGGAAAUAACGGGCUCACGGGCGUACGAAAGGUUCUCGGGGCCGCAGAUAGCGAAAAUAGCACGCACUAAGCCGGGAACCUACUGCAACACUGAGAGAAUCUCGUUGGUGAGCAACUUCCUUGCCUCUUUAUUCCUGGGCGAUUACGCGCCCAUAGAUUGGUCGGACGGAUCGGGCAUGAAUCUAUUGAAUAUUCACACCAAAGACUGGGAUGAUACGUUAUUGGAGACUUGUGCAUUGGGACUGAGAGAGAAAUUGGGCAAGCCUGUCUCAUCGCACAACGAUAUUGGCCCGAUAUCACCUUAUUUCGUAGAGAGAUUUGGUUUCAAUGAGGAAUGUCGGGUAAUUGCGUUUACCGGCGACAAUCCAAGUUCCUUGGCGGGUAUGAGACUGAAACAAGGUGACAUCGCUUGCAGUUUGGGCACGAGCGAUACUUUAUUCCUGUGGCUGAACGAACCCAAAAUAACAACGGACGGUCACAUAUUCUGCAAUCCUAUAGACGAUCAGGCUUACAUGGCGUUGCUUUGCUUCAAGAAUGGUUCCUUAACACGCGAGAGAAUACAGAACGAAGCCGCGCAGGGCUGUUGGCGGAUAUUCAACGAAUUAUUGGACAGCACUCCGCGAGGAAACUUCGGAAACUUUGCUCUGUACUUUGAUACGCAGGAAAUAUUGCCCUUCGUGAUCGGGAAUUAUAGGUACAAUAAAGCCAACGAUGAAAUCUCGCGAUAUAGUUCGAAGGAAGUAGAAGUAAGAGCUCUGAUCGAAGGUCAAUUCGUCGCGAAGAGAGCGCACGCCGAGGACUUCGGAUUUGUCAUCGGACCUAACACGCGGAUAGUUGUAACGGGAGGCACAUCUACUAAUAAAGCUAUAUUGCAAGUUCUCGCUGACGUGUUCAAUUCACCAGUCUACAUCUCGGAAACAACCAACUCAGCCAUGAUGGGUGCAGCAUACCGAGCAAAAUAUGGCUUGUUACGGGAUAAGUGCAAGUUUGAUGAGAUUGUAUGUUGCUUGCCAGAAUUGACUUUCGUGUGUCAGCCUUACGACGAUGCUGAAUCCAUCUAUAAACCUAUGACGAUACGUUAUCGCAAGAUCAUGGAUCAAAUACUGAAGAAGAGAAGUGAACAAAAGCAUAUAUAAAUUUUGUAAAUAAUAAUAGAAUAUACACAUAUACACACACAUAUAUGUGUGUGUGUGUAUACACACAUUCUAAAGAAAAAGGCCUUUUACGUAAUGAAUCUAAAAAGAAUAUAACACGAUAGACCCGUUCUAAGUACAUGAUGAAUUUUUCUACGUAUGUUUUUAAAUUAUUUAGAAUAUUGAAAUUAUAAUGUAUAUUAGAUUUGGUUUCUAGGUUUGAGCCGCGUGGAUUUUUCUUCGUUUAAUUCCGACGUUUCGCGAACAUUUCAGUCUGCUUCAUAAAGGAGGAACGACCGAUGAAAUCGGCUAAUGGCGUUGCUCCUUUAUGAAGCGGACUGAAAUGUUCGCGAAAAUAUUCGUCAGAAUCAAACAAAGAAAAAUCCACGCGGCUCAAACCCAAAUCUAAUAUUUAUAAUGUACUUUACCAGCAUAUAUAUCUCUCUUUUAUUCGUAAAAGCAUUUUAUAUGAGAAUCUCUCGUGUAUUUUAUACGAAUGUAUAUAUUUUCAUCUCGGUGCAUUAAUUGAUAUUGUAAUAAUAUAUCAUGCAUUUAUUUUCCUAAAGCUUUAAUAAUUGAUUAUUCCAAUAAUAAGAAAAAUUGGACUAAUAAAAGCUAGUCGCAAAGUUAACAUUAGAAAUAAUCAUUGGUGUAAGAAAUAAUCAUUGGAAUAACAUAAGAAAUUCUUCGAACCAUAUUAAUUGCGGUUGGUUCUUAUUAGCCAAAUUUUUUUUGUUAUUGUGAUCUCAGAGCCUUACUUAUAUUUUUAUUUGACUAUUCCAAUAUGUGAUAAAUAUGAUCGUAAGUGAAACAUCUGAAAUGAUUUGUACGGCAAUUUAGUUUUUAAAUUUUUAAGUCAAUGAUGCCUACACAUUUUAGAUGAUGCAUUCUAUUAUUGUAUAAGCAUCACAGGAUUAAAAUACAUGCAAUACGAGAAAAAAAUCGAGGUUAAAUUAUAUGAACAAAAUUAUAUUUAAUAUAAUAUUUAUUAAUUUAUGCUAAAUACUCUGUUGUAUAUUAUCCUACAUGUUUAUACGCGACAUUUUAAUAAAUGCUAUAUAUAUUUUAA